GCCAUAUCUGUUUGUGAAAGUUUGAGGACGCCGUUCGUCUUGUACAAGUCCAAGAGCGGCAGCCUUGCAUCGCCCAUCUCACCGCGUUACAUCCUUCGAGCCCGAGGGCGAGAGCCUGUCGGUGCUUGCAGAUGCAGCUUCGACACAUUCUUGGAUCAGGGGGGUUGAAUUCAUCGACACGUCCAACCCAUCGCCUGUUGGCGAUAUGCUGCAGAUAGAUGUGAUGGCCACCAAGCUCUCCAGGACUGGGCAGACGACAGAAUGGAUUGGAGCGGAGCCAAGGACAACACGGGGAAUUUACUGGAAGCGAAUGUGUGAGAUGGUGCAUCGAGAGAAAGUAGCGGCUAUCAAACAAGCUGACUCGACUGAGAAGAACGUGGAUCAUGAUUCUUCUGGGGUUCAUCAAGUCUUGAACAUGUACACGGGGAUAGCUCCGGACGAUCGCGUGAGUGUUGGUUCAAACUCGCUCAACGUGAUUCAGCUGGCUGAGUUGUCACUGUUCUCCUUUGGCAAGGUUCUGCUUCCUGGCAUGGAUUUGCCGCUUCAGAUUCACUCUGACAAUCUCAAUGGCAAGAGAAUGUUCGAUCAGAUUCCAGCUGGCAAUGGACUCUUUGGCGUCGUCACCAAGAAUGAAACCUUGGAAGAGGGGGAGCAUCUCAAGAGUGGGCUGUGAAGCCGUGCUACAGGACAAGUGGGUGACAGACGAUGGGAGGUA